AGCCAAUGCUGCGUCUGUGGGAGUACGCCCUUUGACGGGCAGGCGCUAGGACCCGGCGGAGGCCUCCUCCAUGCAGCAGCAGCAGUAGUGAAAGGGACCAGAAAUCCGCUGCUGGCUGCCAGAGGAGAUCGCAAUGAUGCUGCCGUCAAAAAAGGAUUAAAAACCCGGAGCAUCAACCCGCCGCCGCCGGUGGAAACGUAGACCCGGAGGAGGAGGAGAGGGGGCGGGGGGGAGACAUGCCGUCGCAGAGCAUCCGUGGAGACGCCUGAGUGGACCCCCACCAUGAUGAAGACAGAAGCCCCCAGCAAGAGCUCCACUCUCAGGAGCGCCUCCCCGCACAGGAGCGCCUACGAGGCGGGGAUGCAGGCCCUCAAGCCCGUGGCGGACUGCGCCGCCGCCAACGGGGACGUACGGCCGGACGGCCCCCGCGGGCGCCGCUACGGAUCCAACGUGCACCGCAUCAAGAACAUGUUCCAGCAGCUGCAGACCCCGGGCGAGGCCGAGGCCGAGGAGGACGCCAAGGAGGCCGACAAAGCCGUGCGCCUGUCCCUGCCCAGGGCGGGCAGCCUGAACGAGAACGUGGACCACAGCGCCCUCCUCAAGCUGGGCUCCACCGUCUCCGAGCGGGUCAGCAAGUUCGACCCCAAGCCCGACAACGGGCACCAGCGGGCGUCCUCCAAGCUGCAGGAGACGCGGCGCAUCUUCGAGCAGGACAAGCUGGCCACCACCCGGGUCCUGCUCAAGUCCGACAAGGGCCCCGGCCUGCAGGAGGGCCGGCUGGACAUGAUGGCGCGCUUCAACGGCAGCACCGAGUCCCUGGACAGCCUGGACGCCGGCGAGGCCGUGUCGCCCACCGUCAGCCAGCUCAGCGCCGUCUUCGAGCGGGCGGCCGAGCUGCGCAACAACCUCAACCGCCUCUCGUCCACGCCGCCGCUGCCCUCCCGGGGGGUCAGCAACAACGCCAAGGUGGGCGUGCUCAACUCCAAGGUCAUCACCAAGCGGGCCGGCGCUCUGGGCGAGGAGAAGGACCAGGAGGCACGAGCCAGGAGCCUGAAUGACGGUCAGAAGGAGGCGGAGCAGCACGGGGCCAAGAUGGUGUCGGACGCCGGCGUGGAGGCCAAAGCGGAGCAGCUGGAGGAGGCCGGCGACGCGGCGAGGACGGAGAACGGGGAAAGCCAAGUGCUGGGACUGGCCGGCGCGGAGGGUAGCAGGACUCUGGGAGACCACCACGACCACGACCACGACGAAGGAAGCCAGGAGGAGGACGAGGAGGACGACCGCUACGAGGCCGAGUCCAGCUGCGUGGACAUCGCCGGGCUGCCCGCCGAGGAGGACCCGCCCCCUUCCAGGAAGAUCCGCUUCAGCUCGGAGCCCAUCAAGGUGUUCGCCACCUACCCCAACGAGGACUACGACCGGCGCAAUGAGGACGUGGACCCCAUGGCGGCGUCGGCGGAGUACGAGCUGGAGAAGAGGGUGGAGAGGCUGGACCUGUUCCCUGUGGAGCUGGAGAAAGACCAGGACGGCCUGGGCAUCAGCAUCAUCGGCAUGGGCGCCGGGGCCGACAUGGGCCUGGAGAAGCUGGGCAUCUUCGUCAAGACAGUCACCGAGGGCGGGGCGGCGCAGCGGGACGGCAGGAUCCAAGUCAAUGACCUGAUCGUGGAGGUGGACGGCACCAGUUUGGUGGGAGUCACCCAGACCUUUGCCGCCUCGGUGCUGAGGAACACGUCAGGAACCGUCAAGUUCUUCAUGGGGCGAGAGAAGCCGGGCGAGCAGAGUGAGGUGGCCCAGCUCAUCCAGCAGACUCUGGAACAGGAGCGCUGGCAGAGAGAGAUGCUGGAGCAACGCUACAAUCAGUACAUGGAGGAGCAGGAGGGUGGCGAGUACGGCACGGACGAGGAGGACGAGGACGAGGACGACGUCAGCCCGCAGUACACCGGCGCCAUUGAGGUGUUCGACCUGGCGGAGAACGAGGACCUGUCGCCCCUGGAGACGGACCCUGAGAAACUGGCCCAUAAAUACAAAGAGCUCCAAAUCAAACACGCGGUGACGCAGGCGGAGAUCCAGCAGCUGAAGAGGAAGCUGCAGCACGCCGAGCAGGAGCGUCAGCGCUGGCGGGCGGACAAGAGCCAGCUGGAGCAGACCCUGCAGGAGAACAAGGAGCGCAUGGAGAAGCUGGAGGGCUACUGGAUGGAGGCGCAGAGUCUGUGCCAGGCCGUGGACGAGCACCUGAAGGAGACCCAGGCCCAGUACCAGGCUCUGGAGCGCAAGUACGGCAAGGCCAAGCGCCUCAUCAAAGACUACCAGCAGAAGGAGGUGGAGUACCUGAAGAAGGAGACCCAGCGAUGCACCGAGGCCUCCAUCCUCCAGGAGGAGUCGGGUCAACUGCAGGAUCAGGUGGCAGACUUGGAGUGUCAGGUGUCGGAGUUGAAGUCCGAACCUUUAUGAGGAAGAAAGGAGCGCACAAGGAGCUGCAGGGUAUCUCUCGUCUCGCAUCCUCUGACGUAUCACCUCCACCUCCGGCCUCAAACUUCAAACCCUCACUUUCUAGUUGCUCCCCAAAGCCCAAAAAACUCCAGUAUUACAAACAAACCCUAAUUUGUGAAUUUUUUUUUCUUGGUUUUUGGGUGACAACAUUGGGCUUUUUGCUUUUUAAUGGCGAAAAGAAAAGAAAAGGAAAAGCCCCUCCUUGGAUCUUUCUAGUUUUUUGAGCUUUUUUCCAGCGUACGGAUGUCAUUAAGUGUUUUAACAAGAGUUUUAAUAUAACCUGAAGUCUAAUUCGACUAGUUCGGGGGUCGGCAACCCAAAAUGGUGGAAGAGCCGUAUUGGACCAACAAUACGAAAGCUGCAAAACAAAUUUAAAAGCCAUAUUACAUACAGAUAGUGUGUCAUGAGAUAUAAAUUGAAUUAAGAGGACUUAAAGGAAACUAAAUGAGCUCCAAGUCAAUAACAUCAACAAAACUCACCUUUCUGCAUUCAUGCACAGCGUUAAAAGUUUGACAAAAUGAGACAGAAAAAGAAGUGGCAUAAAACACGUCCUAGAACAGGGGUAGGGAACCUAUGGCUCUAGAACCAGAUGUGGCUCUUUUGAUGACUGCAUCUGGCUCUUAACACCAUAAGUCAUGAAUAAUUCCACUUUUAAUCACAGUGUUAAAAAUAACGUUCAAAAUAUAAAACAUUCUCAUACUUUUUUUUUGUUCAAGGAGUUGCAUUAAUGGUAAGAAGUCAUUUAUUUAUUAUUGGUUAGUGUGGAGCUUGUUGCCCUCCUGGGGGUUCUUCAGACCACCAAGAGCCUGUUUUAGGGUUACAAUAUUGUUUUAUUUUAGUUUUCUCUCAGUUGCUUUACAGCAAUUCUCUUUUUCUCUUUCGUCCUCACUCGCGCUCUGGCUCCAGCUCCAACCCUGUCUCUCCUUCUGGCUGCUGCUUAUAACAGAGCGACAUGAGAUUAGAUAAAAAAGGCCCAGGUGGGCCGUCUACGCACCUGUCGCUGAUUUCGAGGCCGGUCCUGGCAACAUCCUGCUUUGCUGCAGGCCACGCCCCCUCCACAGUUAGCUUCAGAAUUAUUAUAAAGAAUAAGAGACCUAUUAUACUCUGGAAAUGUUGGUCUUACUUAAAAAUGCACGCGUUUAGUUGUGUUCACUGUUAAAAAAAAUAUUAUAUUGCUCUUAGGGAAAUACAUUUGAAAAUAUUUGGCUUCUUGGCUCUCUCAGCCAAAAAGGUUCCCGACCCCUGUUCUAGAAAGUCGGAGAAAGUUGUACAUGUAAACAAACCACGGUGAGUUCAAAGACCUCCAAAAUGAGUAGGACAAAACGGCGCUGGCCAAAUGCUUGAAUCAGUGAAGCAUGUUUAAUAUAAACAUUGUGCUUUAUAACAAUUAGGCAGGUUUGUGUCAUGUUUGUCUUCCUACACAAACCGUAUUAAAACAAAAUAUAUAUUUUUUCCCUUCAUCUUUUUCCAUUUUUCAUACAAUUUUGAAAAAGCUCCCGAGAGCCGCAGGUUGCCGACCCCGUUCUAGUCAAAUCUGCAGAGAUUUUUAAUAUAACCUGAAGUCUAAUUAGACUAGAUUGAGGUGUGGCGUGACGCCGAGAGAUUAAAAAAAAACAAAAAAAAACAACCGGAGCCGCCGAGAGAACAAUAAGCGUCGUGUAACCAUGGCAACCACCUGCUGCCUACCUUUGAGAAGUGUUUUUCCUGUAUUAUUCCUAUUUUUUACAUACGGACUCGCAAGUAAGAAGGCGUUUGUCCAAGUCCGGAACCAGCAGCUGCACGCGAGUGCGGCGUGUGGCAGCAAGACGCGGGGGGACGGAGAAGAACGUAACACACUGCCUGAACGGAGCCGAACUUUACAUUUAGAAAGGAGCAAACUAAGGGUGUAACGGUACCUCUGUUUGUAUUGAAGCCUUUCGGUUUGGUGCGGAGGUGGCAUCGAACGAGUAGCGUCGAGCAGGGGUCACCAACGCGGGCACCAGGUCGCCCGUAAGGACCAGAUGAGUCGCCCCCCGCUGGCCUGUUCUAAAAAUAGCUCAAAUAGCAGCACUUACCAGUGAGCUGCCUCUAUUUUUUAAAUUGUAUUUAUUUACUAGCAAGCUGGUCGACAUUUUUAAUUCUAAGAGAGACAAAACUCAAAUAGAAUUUGAAAAUCCAAGAAAAUCUUUUAAAGACUUAGUCUUCACUUGUUUAAAUAAAUUCAUAAAUUUUUUUACUUUGCUUCUUAUAACUUUCAGAAAGACAAUUUUAGAGAAAAAAUACAACCUUAAAAAUGAUUUUAGGAUUUUUAAACACAUAUACGUUUUUACAUUUUCAAUUCCUUCCUCUUCUUUCCUGACAAUUUAAAUCAAUAUUCAGGUAAAUUUAUUAUUUUUAUUGUAAAGAAUAAUAAAUACAUUUUAAUUUAAUUCUUCAUUUUAGCUCCUGUUUUUUCGACGAAGAAUAUUUGUGAAAUACGUCUUCAAACAUAUGAUUAAAAUUCAAAAAAAUUAUUCUGUCAAAUCUAGAAAAUCUGUAAAAUCAAAUUUAAACUUUAUUUCAAAGUCUUUUGAAUUUCUUUUAAAAUUUUUGUUCUGGAAAAUUUAGAAGAAAUAAUGAUUUGUCUUUGUUAGAAAUAUAGCUUGGUCCAAUUUGUUAUAUAUUCUAACAAAGUGCAGAUUGGAUUUUAACCUAUUUAAAACAUGUCAUCAAAAUUCUAAAAUCAAUCUUAAUCAGGAAAAAUUACUAAUGUUCCAUAAUUUUUUUUUUUCAUUUUUUCCAAAAGAUUCGAAUUAGAUAAUUUUAUCUUCAUUUUUUUCGGUUGAAUUUUGAAUUUUAAAAGAGUCGAAAUUGAAGAUAAUCUAUGUUUCAAAAUUUAAUUUUCAUUUUUUUUUUCUGUUUUCUCCUCUUUUGAACCGUUCAAUUUAGUGUUUUUUUCAUCAUUUAUUCUCUACAAAAAACCUUCCGUAAAAGGAAAAAAAUGUACGACCGAAUGACAGACAGAAAUACCCAUUUAUAUAUAUAUAUAUAUAUAUUUAUUAUUAAAGGUGAAUUGAGCAAAUAGGCUCAAUUCACCUUUAAUAAUUUUAAUAAAUUCUUUCAUAAUUUAUUUAAGUGUGUAUCAAACUGGUAGCCCUUGGCAUUAAUCAGUACCCAAGAAGUAGCUCUUGCUUUCAAAAAGGUUGGUGACCCCUGGCGUAAACAAUACUCAAAAUGCCGGACAUUUGAGGCAUUUAAGAAACUCCACCCGGACAGCCCCACAAAAGAGGACGUCCAGUGAAAAGAACUUGCGUGUAUUUUCAAUGUACGUUCAGGGUUAAGAAGGGGUUAAAAACAAAACAUAUUGUGCACGCAGCAACUUUGGUGAGGGAGGGGAAGAGAGCGAGAGAGUUAUGAUAAACGCGGGUUCUGCUCUUUAUCCAUUGAUUUAUCCGAUUUAAUUUAUUAUCUAUAGCAGGAGUGUCAAAAGUGUUCCCCGGAGGACGUUUGCGGCCCACAGCUAAUGUUUUAAAGGUCCACGGCACAUUCUAAAAAUACUUUUAAAAUAAAAAAAAAACAUGAUAAAAGUGAAAUAAAACAGCUUGAAGGUUAAAUGUCAUUUAUGUUGACUAAUAAAACAAAGCUGUUUUUUUUCUUUCAAACUGUCAUUGCUCAAAACAUAAUAUUGAAUCAAAAUGGAUAUUAUUAUGAAUUAUUGAGCUAUCCAAGGUUCCCAUUACUUCACAUCAAAUAUUUUACUAGGAAAAAUAUUUUUGGUGGAAGAUUUUGCAAAUUUGGUAAACAAAUAACUAGGGAUGCACCGAAAUGAAAAUUUGUGGCCGAAGCCGAAUAAAAUUUAAACGCUUGGCCGAAUACCGAAUAAUGAACGCAGUUUUUCACAAUUUUUUUAAUAUUGCAUAAAUAGCCUAGAAUAAAUAUUUAGACAUGUUUUUCAAAUAAAGUAAUUUUUUAUUGAAUAUUGACAUUUUUUUAAUAAUCCAGUAGCCUUUGCUUUUCAAAAAAAAGCACAAAGUUUUUCAUUUAUAUUAGGCCUUCAAACAAAACAUGCAUUCCAAAAAAAAAAAAUAAAGUGCAUUAAAGUGGAUAAACCCACAACAAAUGAAUUAUUGUCCUUUUGGCAAAAGUCUGCUUAGCCACAGUAGAUAUGCUAAUAAUGUAAACAGAAGGCUCAAGUAAAUCUCAAUUAAGUGUGUGCUUGUAACCUCAUACACUUAUACAGGUAGCCUACACAACAGGCUAAUAAUGUAAACAGAGGCCCCACUAAAUCUCAAUUAAGUGUGUGCUUGUAACCUCAUACACUUAUACAGGUACACAACAUAUCCCAACGUCACUGCACGUUGGUUGAUUGCGUCACACGCCACUAUUCGGCCUUGUUUUUAACUCAUUCCACCGAAGGCCGAAUGUGGCUUUUUUUGCCAUAUUCGGCCGAGUAUAUUCGGUUACCGAUUAAUCGGUGCAUCCCUACAAAUAACCCCAAAAAUUAUAUUUUGUUGUUUUCUUACUGCUCUGAAAAUGAACCGAACCGUGACCUUUAAACCGAGGUACGUACCGAACCGAAAUGUUUGUGUACCGUUACACCCUUAGACUAAACUCAAUUCUGUGUCAUAUCAAGAAUACAUGGAAAAAAGUAAUAUAUCAGAAAAACCCGGCAUGGUUUUGAGUAUUUUUCUUAAUAAUAAUAAUAAUAAUAAGGCUUGUACAGUGCACAUGCUUUGCAUUGUUUUGUGGAUUAAACGGUCACCAGUGA